CUCUCAGGCCUCAGAGGACCUAGGUCGCGAAAGACCAGUUUGGCUAUGCAAGUCCAGCGUAGUGCCGCUUCUCUGGGCCUCAGGGCUCGGGGUCCUCUUCGAUCUGCUCCUAGGUUUGCUCCCUUCCAGCCAUGCCGGCAACAACAGUCGCGCGUGGCAUGUUCAGCGGCGGCGAGCGAUGACCCUUACAAGGUUCUGGGUAUCGAGCCUGGCGUUGACAGCAUGGAGAUUGGCAAGGCAUACCGCGUGAAGAAGUAUGAGCACCGCUUCAACCCGGAGAUGCUGCAGAAGGUGGAGUCCGCGCACAGCACCAUUAUGCUCUCGCAGCUAUCUGCUCGCAUGAAGGGGAAAGGCGUGAACAAGGACGUGGCAUAUGCGGACCAGGAGCCACUUUUCCCGUGGCGGCCAAAGCGCUGGGACGCCACCCCCAAGGUGAUCAUGGUGAUUGGCGCCAUGCAGCUGGGCAUGGUGGCGUACGGCUUCCAGCAGCCCGCGCUGUCCAAGACCAUCUUCUGCGGCCUGAUCGGCAUUGCUGCCAACGUGAUGAAGCAGAACGCCAUCAUGCCGCCGCCCAAGGACCCCGAGAUGGCCACCGAGGAGGAGUCCGGACGCGCGAGCCGCAACUUUGUGCGCGGCUUCCUGCUGGGCGCCCUGGCCACCAUCGCCGGCACGCUGCUGUUCUCAAUUCCCGAGGUGCUCGUCAGCCAGGCCAAGAUGACGCUGCCCGUCAUCCCCGGAGUGCCCAACGUCAUUGUCUCCAUGAAGAUCCUGGGCGCCGCCCUCUUCAACUGGGUCAUGACCUCCUUCUACUACUAGAGCCCUACGGAGCUACGCGGAGCUACGCGGAGCUACGUGGAGCUAGGCAGAGCUAGGCGGAGCUAGGCGGCUGAGGGGUGGGCGGCUGCUGAGCAGCAGCAGCGGCAGCGAAGCGGCGUGUGUGUGGAGCGGCGUGGAGCGGGCGAGCGCGCCCGCGGCGUGUGCUCUGCCGCGACGCGCAGGGAGGGCGGAGGGCUGCGGCGCGUGCGCAGCAGCUGCGGCUGGGCGGAGGCGCAUCUUUAGGAUGCAGGUGGUGGUCACAGGAGCAGCAGCAGGAGGCGGAGGUGGCGGAGGAGGAGGAGGAGGAGGAGGACGAGGAGGAGGUGGUGGUGGAGAGCAGGACGAGCUGGCGCUGGUUGCGAGCCGCGCGGCACGCAGCAGCACGUGGUGGGCGGAGGCGAGGCGUGGAGGUUGAAGCAGCGGCAGCAGCACUAGGAGGCGGAGGAAGCGGUGCCGGUGGCGUUCGUGGGGUUCCUCAGUGACUUGAGGUUACUUGAGGUGCGGCCGCUGGGCUGGGCUGGGCUGGGCUGAGGGAGACGCGUGUGUUGGAAGCACUGUUGGUGAACUCGGGGUGUGGCGGUCCAGAGUCAGGGGAAAGAAGGACGGGGAAAGGGAAGUUGACACGCCACGACACAGCGCCGGUCCUUCGACUCUUGAUAAGGCCCUGCGCGUGCUUGCCUAAGAGCGUGGUCUGUAAGGAAUGAAAAAA